CGUUGACGAUGGCCGAGCAGCCGGCCAACCUGCUUGCCCUCAUCGCCGCCAGCCCCCUCCCCGCUCUCAAUCAUCUCUCUCGAGGAACUGCAACAGCUCAUGAACCAACACAAAUCCAACGCCAGCCUCCAGCAACACCUCAUCCACGUCCUUCACAAAGUCAUCGACACGGUCCCUGCACUCUCCACGGCCCAGACGAAGGCAAUCUCCUCGUUCAUUGGCUGUUGUUUGAAGACGAUGGCCAAACAGGACAACGGUGCGGCGGAUUUGGUGCCUCUGUGCGAUCUGCUCAAGAAGCUGACAAACGACAAUGCCGCCCAGUUCUGCGAGUUCAUCAAUGGUGGGCACAGAUGGGCCAUGGUCUGGUCUGGUCCCUGCAUUUAUUGAUUGAUUGAUGUCUGUGGUUGUGGAUCGAUGGGUCGCUGUGUUGUGCUGCAGAGACGCUACAGGCCGCUCUCGACCGCCGCGCUCUCAAGUUCGCCAUCGGGGUGGUGCGCUAUCUGCUGCGUAAGCUCACCAUGCACACAACCAUCCGUCCAUCCAUUCUCUCUCUGUGUGUGUGUGUGUGUGUGUGGACGAUGGGUCAGUUCACCUGCCCUACGCAGCGCUGCUAGGCGACCUGCUCGACGAGAGUGACGACGACAACCUACUGCUGCCAGUGCUCCGUGCGUCCCUCAAGCACCGUGACCUGUCCACCCUCACCCACGCCCUCCAAGCCACACUCCACUGCGUCAUGCUCUGCCGCAGCUCCCACCGCACCCUGCUCCCACUCGUGCACAACUUCCUCCUCAGCACUUGCCGGGCGUCGCUCACACCGCAGGCCACAGACUUCCAAGGCACGCAAGGCUUCAGAAACGAUACAACCAAGGCAUGGCAUUCAAUGGGGUGCAUGUGUUUGUGUGUGCGUGAUCUAGAGUUGGUGACGUGGGGGCUGUGGCAGGCGUUGUGUGUGUUUCCUCGUGAGGGCUUCGACAUUCCCUCUGGUGGCAUGGAGGGAGACAAGGACAGGCACUUCCCAAACGACCUCCCAGAGACAGCUCUCCGUAAGGCCUGCAGGGUGGGGCGACACACACCACACAGCAAGUGCAAUCUCAUGUUGCCUGUCUAUCCGUGAAUGUGCAGUCGAUUGCAAGUGGUGGUCUGCUCGCAUCGAGCGCAUGGCCGUCAUCCAUCUGUGUCGCUUCAUCUGCGAGUUCUGGGACGAUGCCGCCGACGGACACUCUCCCCUGCACGCACACUACGACCUCGAGGGUGGGUGGGUGGGUGGAGAAUGCAUCAUCCAUGAGGAAGGAGAAAAGAACGAAUCAUCCUUGCAUGACUGUAAGUGUGUUUGUGGUGUGGCUGCGCAGAGCUGUUGAGCAUACUGCUGAAAGUGUUGGCUCGCAACUCGGCUCUUCUUUCCAGGUGCGUGCCUCGUCUCCAAUUAAGAGGAGCCAUCUCAUCUGCUAUGUAAGCUGUCUCUGGCUGUGUCGGUCGAUACCAUGCGUUGUUGCAGUCUGCAGAAGGCUCGUGUGCCGGCCAGGGAGAAGAAACUCGCACAGGCAAAUAUCGAAGGCAUCAACGCACUCUUCAAAACCGGCGUAAGAGGCUGUGUGGCUCACACAGGCAUCCAGUCCCAUGUCCCUCUCUCUUGCUGCGGGCAGGCUGAGCAGGGCCGCAGCAAGGAUCUCGCCAACGCUGUCAUGUAUCAUGUUGUGGACGCCUGCCGCUCUGUCAUCAGCCCCUCACUCAUCAACGACGGCACUCUCGGUCAGUCAGUCAGUCAGUCGGGAAAUUGGAGGGGGGGGCUGCCCAGGGCUUAUAGUGUGUGUAUGUGUGUGUUGGUGUGGACAAUGAUCAGACAUCCGCCGUGUGCAGGUCAAGGACAGCAUCAGCCCUAUCCUGCCGCUCUUGUCCGACGAUCUCAAGGCCCUGUUGGCGGACUGCAUCGUCAACAAUGGCCAGGAGGCGCUCGGUGUGUCGCUCUCCAAGAGACACGUCAAGGAGCUGCUGGAUGCCGACUGACUGACUGACUCAAUCACUGGCUGCGUGUGUGUGGUACCAUCCAUCCAUUCCUUGACGCUAUCUAUCGCAAAGAGAGACUCGUCGUGUCCAGAUCGACCACAAGGCACGUACAUACCCG